UUUGGGGAACAUAAUCAAACAAAUGGCGAAUUACGCAUUUAAUAGCGAACAACUUUAUCUCUGUAGUUUGUAUCGACCGUGGAUUACGUAUGUCAAGGUUAGCCUUAUAACAUUUCUCCUCGUUACUAAACCUUAUCUGAAGAGCGAAAAGCCCGUGUUUGGAGAUAUCAUGGCGAACCUCCAAGUUGGUUGAUAAACCAACAAUUUCUGAUUCGAUUUGACAGACUUGCAGUAGAACAUGUUUGAACGAAUCAGUGUUGUUAGAAACCGGACUUUAAAGAGCACAAAAAACUAUUCCAGAUGGCUCGUGUUAUAGCUUGGUUUAAUUUCUUUUCACAUCUGUCUUAACUUUUUUUAUGGAAAUAUUGUUUAGUCGGGUACUGAUAACAAAUGUCAUGAACAUGGUCGACAACUAUUGAUGAUGGGAAAAUAUUUGGCGAACAUACAUAUCUGGUGAUAAAUUCGCAGUCGAAUUUCUGAAAAAUGAAUGCACACAAUAUUGCCGUGUUUGCUGUUUCACUUCUUUUACUGACAACAACAGUUCAAGGUUCCUGCAAAAUCGACUCACAGCAACAGCAAUCGACUUUUUCUAUAAAAGAAACAGCCGAAAACGGAACGCAUAUACUCAACGGAACGAACGAUCCCAUGGAUGUAAUUGAGCUCAAAGUAAAACAACCGUCCUUAGACAACCAGCAGCUUAACAAACUGAUCAGUUUCUUCAUGCUUCAGAAGCCAGAUGACGCCACAUUUAUAAUUUCCAUUACGAAACCUCUAGAUCUGGAGUAUUUCAACGGUGAAUUUGGCAGAGAAAUAACGUUCUUGAUGUUAGUCUUGAAGUGUGGGGCAGAUACGCUACCAGAGAUCACUGUCACCAUAUCACCAGUGAAUGAGGUUAACCCCGAGUUUAAUGGUGCUCCUUACUUCAAACGCGUGCGAGAGGACAUGCCUGAAAACGAACUGUUAAUGGACCUGUCGCCAUUCGUAACGGACAAAGACGUCGGUGAUACCGUCAACUUUUAUUACAACAUUUUUCCGUACGCUAUUGGGAACGAAGAGCAUGGCGCUGACAAAUAUUUUAUAAUGCGUGCAACAACAAAUGGCAGAAUUACAAAGAACAACAUUACUAUGGAUUUUGACACCAUGCCUUCACAUGUGCUGAUGCUAAACAUCAGCGUAAAGGAUGCCCCAGGAGCUACUGCCCGGACAUCGUUCGCCACUAUCAACAUCACAGUGACCGACGCGGAUGAUCAGAGGCCCACGUGGGACCAUCCCGAGUGCAUGAAAUGUACCGCACCGCCAUACACAGCAACGAUCCGAGACACGGACAAAAAUAUAGUGUUGGCUAUUCAACCCAGACCUCUACAGGCCAUAGAUUUAGACACCUUAGGGACCCCAAUGUUUUACAGUAUCCAAUCAGGUAAUGACAAUGGUAUGUUUAGCAUCGACGCAGCAAGUGGGGCAAUAAGCUUGCUCAAAUCCGUGAGAGAGGUCGGAUUUACAGGAGCCCUAUUACGAUUGGUCAUACAGGUGAAGAAAGAUCUGUCAGGUAAGGACCUCUCCAACUUUGCUGUGCUCUCAGUGAACAUAUUCGGUCGUCAAGUCAACAGCACAGAAACACUGCCGCCAGACGGCGCAGCGACGGAAGAAGAUAGAGGCUUGGCGUUGCUUAUCCCUCUCGUGAUUGUAGGAGUGCUUCUUGUCGGCAUCCUUGCUGCUCUCGUGGUGGUCGUCAUCUUGUAUCAAAAGAAACGGAAGCAGACGACUGUGGCGCCUGACGACAAAUCUGAACCGCAGACGGAGGAAGAGGAACUUAACACAGACGGGGAAAGCUACGCCGGGCACGACUUUAACAAGAAAAUCGUCUUCGGUAACAAGACAACCCAGGGGAUCAGUACAGACGAGUUUCCCGAUACUGGAGGCAUCCGGGCGAACAAGCUUGCACCACUUCCGCUGCGGGAUACUGGGACUGAGACUGUUGAGGAGGGGCAGAAGAAGAAGCGGUCGAGGCGAAGAAACAAGAACAAAGAACCGGAGAUUUUUGACGGGACGAAGGAGUAUAAUAUGGGUGUUGACCCCGAGUUCUUUGAAUCAGGGGACAAACAAAGAGUGAAACGGUCCCAGAGGUCUUAUGAGAAGAAAGUUGACCCAUCCACCUGGAUAACUGUUCCUAACGACCAACCCGGAGAAGAUGGGGUGAAUCUAUAGGCUACAAUAAUUGUGUAUACUUUGCCAUGGUGAUAACAUCUUCACUUAGUUGAGUCGCGUUAUGAGAAAACUGGGCAUAAUUCUUGUGCGUAAAGCGUCAUCCCAGAUUAGCCGGUGCAGUUCGCACAUGCUAAUCAGGGACUACAUUUUCCGCUUUUAUGACAUUUUUCGUUUAAACGAAGUCUUUUCUUCGCAAAACUGCAAUUUAGGCGGAAAGUGUCGUCCCUGAUUAGCCUGUGCAGACUGCACAGGCUAAUCUGGGACGACACUUUACGCACAUGCAUUAUGCCAAGUUUUCUCAGAACACGACUCAGUUUAUCGGUGUUUGUAAAGCAAGCGCAUGCACAUUGCUGAAUACAAUAUGGUAGUGAAAUACUUAGCUGAUGGGUUUAACAAUCUGUGAUUGCGAACACCUUAAUUUGAUGAAGAAUAUGGUGUCGAUGUCAUCGGCAGUGUCAUGAUGUGUGGACAUUGGAAGAACACUUAUUGUGCCCUCUAUGUUGUAUGACUAUUAAGCAUUAUAGUGGUGCUUAUUUUUCUCGGUGUUAAAUGCUGUGAUGUUUUUCUCAAAACCCGUUUUCGUAGAAAGCGUUGUAGUAUUUUUUUUAAUCUUGUGCUAGAAUUGAUAUGGUCAACUGAUGUAAAUGGGUUUUAGAGCCCAGCGUAAGUUAAAUCUGAGUGGUUUUGUGGUUUUAUUUUAACGUAAGUGUUUCAAGGACAAAGUUUUGUAUCAGAGUUAAAUAUAAAUAUUGUGCAACUUAUUUCAUUCAGAAUUUAUAAUUUCUAGAAUGACGUGACCGUGAUUCAAUUGUAAUUGUUUUUAUUUACGGCAGUAAAUGUAUAUUUAUUAUGUCGAAUAGUAUGUUGCAACGACUGUGAUAUUAUCUUUUAUCGUUUUAAGGAAUUUUUAUAGAUGUUCUUAUUUUUGAAAAUAUCAUUUAAUUAAUUCACUUACGCAACUGUAAUUUUUGGAAUAGUUUAACAAAUUAUAAAAAAUCUGAUUAAAUAAAAAGUGCCUGCCCUGGAGAUUGAAUCCGAGACCUCUAGAAGCAAUCGCUAACUCGCAAAACCACGCGGACUUUUGACAUGAAGCGUAGAAAACACUAUGUCGGUAAUACACGUUUGUUUCCUGAAUUAUCGAAGAAACGCUUUAUAAACGCUUGAUAAUUUUUCCGAUUUUGAUUGAUGAUUGUCAAGAAACGAACAUAUUUGUUUUCAAGUUUGUUUUUCAAGUGUUUUUUUUCUUAUUUGAGUAGAAUGCACGCACUACUUUUUGAAUCUAUGUAGAAAACGAUAGAUAUAGCAAACUGUUUAACAAGUUUCUUAAAAUGUUAUGUUCCUUCAUAUUAUCUCGAUUAAGAUCUGAUUGAAGAGGUAGUAAUCACGGGUAAUAAAUGUUAUUGCAACAUUCUGAUAUUCUGAUUAUUUUGUAGCUGUAACACAAAAUCCGGUAUUAAUAGGAUACACAAAUGUAUGCAAUAAUAUAUUUUUAUUUAGUUUUUCUAUUUCUGUAAUAAGAGGCUAUGAUUAUUCUAGUGCUAUUAUAUCGGACAUUGUUUAAAUGAAUUUGCUAAGGAAAUAUGUCUUAUGUGUUUGUUGUAUCAUACAUAUUUAUUGUUGCGUGCUCAUGUUAUUUUAGUUCAUGUUAUCUUUUUUAUAAAGAGACUUUAUAUGUAUUAAAUAUUGUUCCUUAAAGGUGGUGCUAUAUUGAAAUUUACAGAUUGUUUGAACUAUUUGUGAAACUGGUGGAUGUUGAUAUUGUAAUUAUUAUAAGAUGAGCUCUGACAGAUGUACGUAGUAGCAAAUCUAACGAAACGUCCACGUUUUGUCUCUAACAAUAUUGAAAUACGAGCAUUAUGAAAUAUAUAAUUAAAACGUCAAAUUCAAAUAUAUCAACCAGUUUAAGUCCUUUCAAUUUGUAAUUCAUGCAUUCUUACGUUUCUGAGUUGAAAGCGUAUGUUUCUUGCGAAUUCAAAGGGACAUUAAUUCAGCUUAAGCUUUUGAAAUUCAUAAGCAUUAAUGUCAUCGUUAACUUAUUCAAACAAAGCAAGUAUUACUGAUUUACAUUUUCGUGCAUAUAUUUCAAUUAAACAGGUUGCACGUGAUUUCAAAAGAUUUUUAUUAUUCAUAUCAAAUACUUCAUAUGUGCUAAAGUACGUCAGUAUCUAUGUCUCAUUCAUUUUUGUCAUCGUAUUGCCAGACUUUGCUAAAUAUAUUUAAGAUAGAAAAUAAAGCGAUUCUAUGAA